AUGCCACAUAACUCCCGAUACCGGUCGAAUGGGAAGAACCAUCUCCCGCCACGCGAAUAUCGCAACGACCACGACUCGAGGAAUCGGAAUGGUCCGCCCCCCCGGGACGCCUAUCGGGCGCCUUCGUAUUCCAGCCGGUAUGAGCACAAUCCCGGCGAACGGUGGCCCCGCGAUGGCCUACCUCCUCCAUCCGCGAAUUAUCGUGGCCCGCCUGCUGGGGACAAUUACCGGCUGCCGCAAAGCGACUUUACUUUUCAGGUCGACAAGCCUGCCGGUGUCCAAAAUGCCGACACGUAUCGGCCGCAAGGCAACAGUAAACAUCACAAUGACCGACAUGAACCUCAUUCUCCCGAUCGCGACGACCGGCCUUUAAAAAGAACCCGGCGCUCGAACAACCGCUCCUCCAGGAACGACAGCAGCGCCCGGCCGGUUCAGAACAAUAAACAUGGCCGGAACUUCGGUAAUCGGCCGUGGCGACCUUUCGUCCCCGCAGAGCGCGAGUUAUUGAAGACUGACCACGACAACAACAACAACACAGAGGUUGCUUUCUACAACACAUCAGGCGGUGUAACUUAUCGACCCCUUAAUGAGCUCUCCGAUAGCGACGAGGCUGAGAUGGAUAUCUCGGGAGAUGAAGAGGCGGGAUCGACUGAAGAACCGACGGGCAAGCGCGCUCGUUCAGCCAUCGAACAAUCGACCUCAGACAACAAUGUGCCAAAAUGGUCCAAUCCUGACCCUUACACGGCCCUGCCUCCCGAGACUGCAACGCAAGGGAAGAAGAAAGACGUUGUGCGAAUGAUUCGCAAGUCUCGGGUCCAGGAGAAUGAAGUUAGGAGUUCGUUGCCUUCAGGGGAGGCCGACUUUAUUUCCUUCGACUCUGACAGCGACGCGACUGACGAGCAUGAGGACGACCAGGGACAGGAAUCCGCGGUGAGGGCGGUUUCACCCGUUGCUCGUAUCGUACCUGUCUCGGAACUAAACCUCCAGUUACCUCCGAGACCCCCAAAGCCUGGAAAGGGCCCGGCGCUUUUGCCUGACCCCACGCCCUCUGCUCUGGGAAGUCGAAAACGGACUCAUGACGAUGAGAUCAAGAUGCCACACACGAGGCUUAAGAAGGCAACCAAGGCUCCGCCAGGGGGAGGGAUCACGAAAGAAUGGGUCCCGGAUCCCGAGUUAGAUUCUACUCCAUGGAUGGAAGUAGACCACUCGAGGUCCGCCAACAUGGCUGUCUGGCUACACAAGGAAGUGGUCGACUUCUACGAGUACAUCAAACCCAGAGACUUCGAGGAGCGCCUGCGCGGCGAACUGGUCCGGGAUCUGAAGCAGUUCUGCCGUAAAGUGUUUCGGGACGCUGAAAUGUAUCCCUUUGGCUCCUUUCCCUCGGGUCUCUACUUACCCACAGGCGAUAUGGAUAUGGCUUUCAUGUCUGACGGGUACAUGAAGGGCGGUGUUCCCAAGUACUCCACCAAGAACACUCUUUAUCGGCUCCGGGGACAACUGAUGAACCACAAGGUGGCCUGGGAGGAUGAAAUUGAGGUCAUCCCUAGUGCCAAGGUGCCUCUGGUCAAGUUCAUUGAACACAAGACCGGCCUCAAAGUUGACGUUUCUUUCGAGAACAACUCGGGCGUGACGGCUAUUGCCACAUUCAAGGCAUGGAGGGACCGGUACCCGGGCAUGCCGGCGUUAGUCACGUUGGUCAAGCAUUUUCUACUAAUGCGCGGCCUAAAUGAGCCCGUCAACGGAGGUAUCGGGGGAUUCUCAGUCAUCUGCUUGGUAGUGAGUAUGCUGCAAAUGAUGCCUGAAGUGCAGAGCGGCAACCUAGAUACGAGACAUCAUCUCGGCCAGCUUCUUCUUCACUUUUUCGACCUCUACGGCAAUAAGUUCAACUACCAGACCGUCGCCAUCAGUUUGAAUCCCCCGCAUUGGAUUCCAAAGCACCAAGUGACGGAGUUCGCUUACAAGAACCACAACCGGCUCUCCAUCAUUGACCCGAACAACCCGGCAAACGACAUCUCUGGAGGCUCCAGCAAUACAAACAAGAUCCUGGCUCACUUUGCGAACGCACACCAGGAACUCACCAAGCGCAUGGCACAACUAUCGCAAGACCCGAAUAGGGCUGGGCAGAGCAUCCUAAAGGUAAUUAUCGGCGGGAACUACUCUAGCUUCGAAAAUCAGCGCAACUACCUUGAGCUACUAGCCAAGCAGGGCUACCGGCCGGCAAUGGGGCAAGGCAACCGGUCGUCGGACCGGAACCGUGACCAGGGCCACUGGCCGGCGAGGAACCAGGCUGCACCGCAGCGACCCCCUCAAGGCAGGAGCGAUGGCAACCGUAGGAGGAGGUGA